UUCUGGAACCUAAGCGGCGACGUAAAAAAAAAUCAAAAAAUCCAACAACAGCAGAACAAUCAAAUUUUUCAAUUUUGGUGUUUUCUCCUGAAUUGAUUUUUCCUCAUCUUCCUUUCUACUAAGACAUCAUCUCUUUCACGAUGAGAACAGUUACUUGCACCGCACCUGUUAACAUUGCUGUUAUCAAGUAUUGGGGAAAGCGUGAUACCGAGCUUAUUUUGCCUACCAACAGCUCUUUAUCCGUUACUUUAUCUCAAGAUAUUCUUCACAGCAAAACAACCAUCUCUGCUGCCAAAGAAUUUAGCCACGAUCGACUUUGGCUCAAUGGCAAAGAAGAAGAUAUUACCAAGAAUAAGCGAAUGCACAACUGUUUCCGCGAAACGCGUGCUAUUCGUAAGGCUAUGGAAGAAAAGGCCGAAUCUGAGGGCAACCCAAUUGAGCCUCUUUCAACUUAUCCUAUUCAUGUCUGCUCUGAAAAUAACUUCCCAACCGCUGCCGGUCUUGCUUCUUCAGCUUCGGGUUUGGCAGCUUUAGUCUACACAUUAUCCCAACUAUUCGAAUUGACCAUCUCUACCUCUGACAUUUCUCGCAUUGCUCGUCAAGGUUCUGGAUCAGCCUGUCGAUCUUUAUUUGGCGGCUUCGUGUCUUGGGAAAUGGGUGAAAAGGAAGAUGGAUCCGACUCUUUUGCCGUUCAAGUGGCUCCUGAAACUCAUUGGCCUGAAUUACAAGCUUUGAUCUGUGUUGUAUCUGACGCCAAAAAGGGAACAUCUUCUACAGCUGGUAUGCAACAAACUAUUCAAUCUAGUCCCUUAAUGAAACAACGUAUUGAAGAAGUCGUCCCUCAACGCAUGGAGGCUAUGAAGAAGGCUAUUUUGCAAAAGGAUUUCCAAUCCUUCGCUGAGCUCACUAUGCGCGACUCAAAUCAAUUCCACGCUGUCUGUUUGGAUACUUAUCCUCCCAUCUUCUACAUGAACGAUACCUCUCGAGCUAUCAUUCAGCUAAUUACUGAAUACAAUGCUACAUCUCCCGAUGGUAAACUGAAAGCAGCUUAUACUUAUGAUGCAGGACCAAACGCUGUUAUUUAUGCACCCAAGGAAAAUAUGCCAGAAAUUAUCCGUAUGAUUGGUCAUUACUUCCCUGCAAACAAAGAGCCUAAGGAAUUCUUCAAUGAUCCUUAUCAAGUUCUGAAGAACGAUGAAAAAUUAGGAGCCGAAAAUUACAUUCCUAAAGACCAUGACAAGUUCAAUGAAAAGGUUAUUCCUGUCCAACCUGCCGGUAGCGUUAGUCGAUUAUUACAUACCAAGGUUGAUGAUGGACCGCGUGUGUUGGAUCCAUCAGAAUCUCUUUUGAAGGCAGAUGGGCUUCCCAAACGUCUCUUUGCAUAAGGAAAACCGUAAUGCAUUAUAAUUUAACACUCUCUACUAUAAUUUAAUAAAUUGCAAUUGGUUUAAGAAUCGUCAUCA